UCAGGCUCCGCCCAACUUGCCCGGCAUCACUCGCGCAGGUGGAGUCAAGAUGGAGGAGUACGCGCGAGAGCCUUGCCCUUGGCGAAUUGUCGAUGAUUGUGGUGGGGCCUUUACGAUGGGUACCAUAGGUGGUGGUAUCUUUCAAGCAAUAAAAGGUUUUCGUAAUUCUCCAGUGGGAGUAAACCACAGACUACGAGGGAGUUUGACGGCUAUUAAAACCAGGGCUCCACAGUUGGGAGGUAGCUUUGCAGUUUGGGGAGGUUUAUUUUCCAUGAUUGACUGCAGUAUGGUUCAAGUCAGAGGGAAAGAAGAUCCCUGGAACUCCAUCACAAGUGGUGCCUUAACAGGAGCCAUACUGGCAGCAAGAAAUGGACCAGUGGCUAUGGUUGGGUCAGCCGCGAUGGGUGGCAUUCUCCUAGCUUUAAUUGAAGGAGCUGGUAUCUUGUUGACAAGAUUUGCCUCUGCACAAUUUCCCAAUGGUCCUCAGUUUGCUGAAGACCCUUCUCAGUUGCCGUCAGCCCAGUUACCACCCUCACCUUUUGGAGACUAUCGACAGUAUCAAUAGGACUUCUUUCCCAGGAUUUCUGUAACAGAAUGAGCUGUAGUUCAAGAAGGAAUUUCAGAAGAUAAGUUACAGUCUGUUUUUAAAACCAUAGGUGGGACAGCUACGGCCAAUUAGGCUUUAAAGAGACACUUAGCUCUUUUUUCUAUUUAAAGGAACAUGGGGGGGCAGAUGUUAAAAGAUAAUACAUUUAUUUAUUCACACUUGGAUUGCAUUUGUGAUAAAAAUAAAUGUCUGAUAUCUUUAAAAUAAAAUAUAAUAAAUGCUUAGAAGAUGAAGGACCAAAGGGCAGACAACAAUGGAGCGUGACCAUCAUUUCCUUGGGGAUUUCUCUGCCGGGUUUUGUGUGUUCUGUCAGUCAAACAAUAAAAACUCCUGGAACUUGCUCUUUCUUUUAAGAUAAGUUGUAGAGUUCUACUUUUCAACCUCGAAUACUUCAAAUAAUGCAAAGUAUGUUGAAAAUCGCAUGUUUUAUAGUUAGGCUCUCAUCUCACUUGACGUAAAUUAUGUAUGAGAAGAAUUAUGCAGAGUUAACAUGGAUCAUUUCACAGUAAAUACUUUAUGGAUUGAAGGCUGAGGUAAAAUAUCCUUUACUUUGAAAGUAAAAUAUGCUAUUUCUUGUUUU